CUAAAGUCCAUGAAUGGAUGAGGGUGAAGCUCCACCUGAAACAAAACCCAAGUUGUUGCCAUCUUUAGGACUUGGAUUCAAAUGAGCCAGGUGAGUCAGGAGGGCCAAUAGGAAAGAGAAUCUUACAAUUUGACCGGAGUGGAAUAUCAUGCAAUUUGAACUUAGUGUUCAUAUCAGCCAGAAGCUUGAAAUGGGGUUCAAAGAUUUUCAUCUCACGCUAGUCAAGAGUUUAGGGCUGGGGAGAUUCCUCAAGAGAGAUGGCGGCGGUCCAAGAAAGAAGAAAGGCAAGGCCGGGAAUAAUAACACUACUACUGGUAAAAAGAGGCCUUCAUGGUUGACGCCGGUGUCGCACGGGUACCAUGCGGUGGAGGGAAGGUCUCCGACCGCCGGCGGAUGGGCGGAGGACGAGGCGGAGGUGGUGGUGCAACGGGAGGAGGUGGAGGAGUGUGAGUGGUGGUUUUAUGGAGUUUUGCACGCUAGGAUUGGUGCAGGCGUCACGGAGUAUUUACAAGACCAUUUGUUCAAUGGAAAGCUUAAAGAGUCACAAAUGAGGUUGAAGAGCAAGGAGACAAUGAAAAAGGCACACCUCAAGGCAAGAACGAAGAUCACGAUGGAAACAGAGACGCCAGAGAAGGAGCGGCACCGCCAUCUCGGUUCAGCAUCUGCAAUUGUGAUGAAUGGAGAGAGGCUUGUAAUCGCAAACAUGGGCGACUAUAAAGCUGUUAUUUGCAAUGACGGCGUGGCCUUCCCGGUUGGGACACGCCGACACAAGAACUGUUGGUCCUGUAAAUUGUUUCCAGGAGCAGUAAGGAAUCCAAGAAUGCAUGGAGCUGCACCUGAUGCUACAAGAAAUGCUGAUAGGUUUCUUGAGGAUUCUAGAAGCUCGGAACUUGCUGUCAUGUCAGAAAGAAUAGACGGCAACACAGAGCUUGUGAUCCUAGCUAGUAGUGGUGUGUGGGAGGUUAUGAAGGAGCAAGAGGCAGUGAACCUGAUCAGACACAUAGAGGACCCAAAAGAAGCAGCUGAAUGUUUAGCAAAGGAGGCUUCAACCAGGAUGAGCAGAAGCAAGAUUGCGUGUUUGAUUAUUCGGUUUGACUGAAGCUGCAUGCGAAGUAUCAUUCGUUAAAAAAAGAAAUGCUCAGAAAGAAGAAGAUGACUGCUUGAUAAUAGGCCGGGCCCGUCCCCUUUCAUGCAAAUGGAGUUUCCAGGGGAUUCAUAUAUUGGCCAGAACAACAGACUCGAAGCAUAUGUUGCAAUCAAUUUGUGAAGACUCA